AUGCCGGCCUCUCGCAAUGCAGCAUUUGCAGAAGAAAGCGCGGAAGUGGAAGUGCUAAUAGCAUCAUUAUCCAAAACCAAAGACUUGACGAAGCGUAUUGCGGCGAGUCUGGCUCGCUUGGACGCCAGCGGCAAGAUUGUGAAGGACGCGAUCGGGCCGAUCUACAACAACACUCAACAACUGCAAGUCACAAGUCGCAACAUCGAAAAGGUCAAUGAAGCAAUUGAGCGACUCCGGCAGCCGCUUGACGCGCGCGGGCGGGAAGAAGGAAUCAUUCGGGCAGGUCCCAAGAACUCCGGACUACCACAGUAUCUCGGCGCGUUGCGACGGAUAGACAAGGCCUUGACAGACCUCACAUCGACCAACUUGAGAUCGAACCAGCAAGCAAUUUCGGAAUUCCACAAUCUACUACUAACCGGAAUCAAUCAACUAAACGACACAUACCGGCAGAUGUUACAGGAAGACGCGCAACCGAUCGAGCCUCUCCACUACAUCACGAAACAAAUACCAUUUCCGACGAUCGCGCAAGAAAAGGUGCAGUACUUGAACCAAAUAGCGAACGCCAUCGCCUCUGCGGGAGCCCAGUCAGCACGGUUAGGGCAGCGGGACGACGACGCCGCGGCACGCAUCUACGCCGAGAUCAGAGGCGAGUAUCUCCAGAACAGCCUGCAGAACCUGGCCAUGGCCUCGGUCAGCACAUCCAAACGACGCGAGAACGAUUCGGCCGUCUACCGCGAAGGGUCCAGCGGGAUCGGGGCAUACGCCAAUGCCAUGGAAGCCAUGUUUCUGGCGGAAGCCGAGAACACAUCUCGAGUCUUCCGCGGCGGCGACGCCGGCAAAGUAUUGUCAAUGACAUGUGCCAAAGCUCUGUCGACAUUCAGCCGGACGCUAUCCGAACUAAACAGCGUGAUCAAAUCACGCAUUUUAACCGACUGUUUCCUAGCAUACGAGAUCCUCGACCUGAUCACCCCGCUCAGCUACCGCCUCGAAUCGCGCACUGGACAACUGCGACCCCAGAUUUCCGACGCACUACGACCUGUACGGGAAACGGCGCGGUCGUCGCUCAGCGAACUGAUCAACCAGACCAGAAAACAAGCGGAAUCAAUCACGACGCUCCCACCCGACGGCAAGACGAUCCCACUGGUGGCCCAGACCGCGCAACGACUUCAAAACCUCGCCACAUUCGACCGACCGCUUCUGGUCCUGUUAUCAUCCAUCGGCGAUGGCAAGUGGAAAAAUAUGUCCUCCACUACCACUGGUGGCAUGUCUUCACAAUCCAGUUUGAAUCUGGAACUAACCCCAUCGACCGAAAACCCAACACUACUAUCUCACUAUCUACUAGAUAUUGUCGACACACUGCUCAGCACACUCAACGCACGCUCGCAGUCGCUGCACUCGAAAAAAUCGCUCCAGGGCAUCUUCCAACUUAACAACGUGGCCGUGCUGACGCGGGCGGUGCAGUCGUCGCCGGACCUGGCGCAAUAUCUGGGUAUAUCUCCGCACAACGCGAAACUCGAGGCCUUCCGCAAGUCCGGGUCGUCGCUGUACCUGUCGGCAUGGCGCGACCCGUCGACUUACCUGCUGGAUACUAUCCACACCUCGGGCGCGGCGCGUCCGCUGUCUGGUCAGGCCAUCGAUAGCACGUCGAUUGUCAAGUCGCUGUCGUCCAAGGACAAGGAUAAAAUUAAGGAGAAAUUCAAGUUGUUCAAUGCCAGCUUUGAUGAGCUCGUCGUCCGCCACAAGUCCCUGCAUAUGGAGAAUGAGGUCAGGAGCUCCAUGAGCCGUGAGAUCCAGGCCAUGAUCGAACCGCUUUAUGCUAGGUUCUGGGAUCGGUACCAUGAAGUCGAUAAGGGGAAAGGGAAGGUUGUCAAGUAUUCGAAGGGCGAGUUGUCUGCUAUGCUGGCGAGCUUGUAG